AUGUCAACAGAAGAAGCUCAAAAACCUGUCGCCGUGGAAGAUAAGCAAGCAGAAGUCGAGCAAAAAUCAACUCAAGCAGAGAAGGAUACGAACGGUACUACCAAGCCUGACGAACCUGUACCAGUCGUAGAAGAUGAACAAGAUGAAGAAGAAGACGAUGAAGAGUACGAUGUAGAAGACGACGAGGAUGAUGAUGAAGAGGAGUAUGGCGAAGAGGAUGAUGACGAGGAGGAGUACGAUGAAGAUGAUGAUGAUGAUGAAGGAGAGGAGAUUGAUCAUGUGAAUGUAUUGAAGAAGUUCUACGAAACCGAACAACCUGAUGAAGAUUCUGAGGAUGAAGACGACGAAGCUACACCAGCGGCCGACGACGAGAAACCUGCUGAGGCCGUUCCAGCAGCAGCUGCCGGGACGAAACGUAAGGCGGAUGAAACCGUUGAAGGAGAAGAGGAGAACAAGAAAGUGAAAGCUUAG